GUCUUGAGCUUCCCUUUUACCCCCGCGCCCGCCGCCUUCAUCGCUGCGGUUCCAUUUCUCUGCCUUUGAGUUUGCAGUCGUCGAAGGUUUGAGUCACCCCGCGCUGGAGAUGAUUGACCCCACAUAGGGCUGCGUGUUGAACGUGGGAUGCCGCCUCCUGCAUUUCUGUUGCGUUUUUUGCCCCAACAAAUUGAGAGCUAAGCAGGCCCCGCUUGCACCCAGCUCAAAGUUACGCCGUACUUUCAAACUACUUCCCAGUUCUCACAAUUGCUGCUUCAGCACAGCGCCACAACAUGAGAGUUUCGCUCCCACCGGUCUUGCUGCGGGCUGCCCGCGCGCAGCUGGCCCCUGUCGCUCGUCUUGGCAGCUCCGAGGCCCGCAUGUCAACAAUUGCCGCGGGGCAGACCGUUCCAUCGCCAGGAGCCCCUCCCCCGCCAGCUCCUCAACAACCACACCACCAAGCGACGACACCACAGCAGGAUGCAGAACGCCAGCGCAGAGCCAGGCGAAUCCUGCGGGAAGCCGUCGCGGCGACGGCGCCGAGGCACGACUGGACGAGGGAGGAGGUUUCGGCCAUCUUUUACCAACCGUUGAUGGAAUUGGCGUUUCAAGCUGCCACUGUUCAUCGCAGAUUCCACAACCCCGCCGAAGUCCAGCUUUGCACCUUGAUGAACAUCAAGACCGGCGGCUGCACCGAAGACUGCUCUUACUGCGCCCAGUCAACCCGCUACCAGAAAGGAACCGGCCUCCAAGCCAAGCGCCUCGAGACGGUCGAGUCCGUUCUCGAAGCCGCCCGCAUUGCGAAAGAGAAUGGCAGCACACGGUUCUGCAUGGGCGCGGCAUGGCGCGACAUGCGCGGCCGCAAGAACAGCCUGCGCAACAUCAAGGAGAUGAUAUCCGGCGUGCGGGCGAUGGGCAUGGAAGCGUGCGUGACGCUCGGCAUGAUCGAUGAGGAGCAGGCCAGGGAACUCAAGGAAGCGGGGCUCACGGCGUACAACCACAACCUCGACACCAGUCGCGAGUUCUACCCCAGCAUCAUCUCGACUCGCACCUACGACGAACGGCUGAAGACGCUCGGCCACGUCCGCGACGCCGGGAUCAACGUCUGUUCCGGCGGCAUUCUGGGGCUGGGCGAGACGUCCGAGGACCGCAUCGGCCUGCUGCACACCGUGGCGACGCUGCCCAGCCACCCCGAGAGCUUCCCGGUCAACGCGCUCGUGCCCAUCAAGGGCACGCCGCUGGGGGACCGGAAGCCGAUCGAGUUCACCAGCAUGCUCCGCACCAUCGCCGCUGCCCGGAUCCUGAUGCCCGCCACUAUCAUCCGCAUAGCCGCGGGGAGGAAAACGAUGCCCGAGGAGCAGCAGGCGCUCUGCUUCAUGGCGGGGGCCAACGCCAUCUUCACCGGCGAGAAGAUGCUGACCACCGAGUGCAACGGAUGGGACGAGGACGCGGCCAUGUUCGGCCGCUGGGGUCUCGAGCCGAUGAAGAGCUUCCAGAAGUCGCCGGCGCCGGCCGGCGACGUUGCGGGCCGGGAGUGAGGGUUUACCUGUCUGUGAAGUGAAGGUCUCCCAAAAGGGUGGUUGGGAUGGGGAUGGCUUCUCUCGCGGUCCGUCCCCCCCAGGACACCAGCUUUGCGCUUCAAUGCCAAAGCCCUGUUGUCAUGUAACCUCCAUCCCCAUCAUUCAAUAUGCUCCUGUCUUGUCGUUGCUGUCUUCCACCGCGCCACUGUCUUUCCAUCGCAGCCGUCGCCUCCCGCAUGCGAGAUCCUUCGUAGUGACGGGAUAGGGAGGGAUACGUUCUUGUCGCAACCCUCCCUACGUAACUCUUCUCCCUCGUAUCGUUCGGCGCCAGUUAAGGGGCAAGCGGCGGAAUGCACGACAAACCAUUCCAGGCUUCCCGCCUUGUCUCUACCUAACUACACAGUAACCUGCACCACCCGAUCUGAGCUGAGCAGCAAGCGUGAGCUUCACCUGCGA